CAGGUGGGCGGUUUCUACAAACAUUAUAAGAGUGAAAGGACGUUCCAGCUUCUGCAAUACAAGCGUAAAGAGACGUCUGCAGGUAAACUGACAGCCAAUAUCCUGCACAUUUAUCCAAGGAGGCGCUGUUGGGUUUUACAACAAGUUGAGAAGAUCAUAGGAAUACCGUAGUCCCCAUAUCCAGUCUUGAAAAGGAAAUGCAUACAUCUUUGCUCGUGGCCGUUUAGAAACGUUCCCUUUAUUUGCUUCUGCGGUUAACGGUGCGCCAUAUGGGACCUUUACUAACAGAUAUGCCGCUGGUGGCAUCCUUCGUCGACUCGCGAUCAGAAGGCAGCGGCACGUCUUUCUCCGGCGAGGACUGCCCAAGCCCAUCUGAAUCGGAGAGAGGAGGACAGAAAGGAGUGCGUGUCGACCGGAGAGGUAAAAGAAGAGUGAAGAACAGAGACGCUGCCAGGAAGAGCAGGAAAAAACAGACGGAGAGAGCAGACAUUCUCCACCAGGAUCUACAGACCUUGGAAAGUUCUAACUCAGCUCUAGAGAAGGAGAUUGCUGGUCUGAGAAGAGAGUUCCGGCUCUACACAGCCACCCUGGAGCAACAUGAAUCUGCCUGCACCCUCCGGCCCUCCUCUAUACCCGCCAAUAUCCCCUGCUGCCAGAUCCUGUCCCCCUCCGCGUCAUCUAUUGCCCCUGUGACUACCCCUGCACCCGCUGUGUCCCCUCAAACUACCCCGACAUCCGCUGUGUCCCCUCAAACUACCCCGGCACCCACUGUGUCCCCUCAAACCACCCUGGGCUCUCUUCUUGCCCCAGUACCUGGAGGGCAGAGGACUAGUUUAUCUGCCCCUGCCUCUUCACCACUCCCCACUCUCGUCACUGUUCCUUCAACUGCCCAUGUGACUAACCCCUACCCUUUGCUUUCCACUCUAUACUCCCCAAUAUCUAAUAUUGCCUCUCUGAUUGCCCCAAACAAUAUGUGUGCCUCUCCAAUUACCCCAAAAACGAAUAUUUCCCCUCUAACUACCUCGAUAAAUAAUCUUGCCCAUCCAACUACCCCAAUAACUAAUCUUGCCCCUCCAACUAUCCCUGCUCCUACUCUGUCACCCAUCUCCUACCCUCUGACCAUGUACCCUCUGAACUUGUCUACCCCAGCCAUUGAACCCCCAAUAGAAUUGUCCCUCUCCGACAUCUUGGACAGUCCUGAUUGGCUCUGCGACCCUGCAUCACCCACCUGGGGCGAGUUCUAAUGGACCAAUCACACUGUUUGGCGAAUGGUUGAAAGCAGUCGGUGGUUCCUCGGCCCUAUUGCCUCUGACCACAGAACAUCAGUACUGAUUUUCUGGCAAUUUUCUGACGAAUCUCCAAGUUGAAUCUCCACUGUCCGUCGACAGACAACCAACCACCAGGUGAUCUACAGUCAACGUCUGUGAUGAUGUGUCUUUCACGGAGUAAGAUUCCUGGCACCCUGUGAAAGACUCAUUUAGGUUUCUGUAGAAAAUAACAGAAAGACACUUAAAAUGUAUGGACUCUGGUGUUUGUUGGCACAUGUAAUGGUUGUUCACAUCUUGUGAGGAAUUCUGUAGCUGUUAUGUUGAUUUACGGUUUGUGUUUUUGAAUAACCGGCCCUGUUCAUUGGUCAUAACAGACUAUUGGCCCUGUUCAUUGGUCAUAACAGACUAUUGGCCCUGUUCAUUGGUCAUAACAGACUAUUGGCCCUGUUCAUUGGUCAUAACUGACUAUUGGAACCGAUCAUUGGUCAUAACUGACUAUUGGAACCGAUCAUUGGUCAUAACAGACUAUUGGCCCUGAUCAUUGGUCAUAACAGACUAUUGGCCCUGUUCAUUGGUCAUAACUGACUAUUGGCCCUGUUCAUUGGUCAUAACAGACUAUUGGCCCUGUUCAUUGGUCAUAACAGACUAUUGUCCAUGUUCAUUGGUCAUAACUGACUAUUGGCCCUGUUCAUUGGUCAUAACAGACUAUUGGCCCUGUUCAUUGGUCAUAACAGACUAUUGGCCCUGAUCAUUGGUCAUAACAGACUAUUGGCCUUGUUCAUUGGUCAUAACUGACUAUUGGCCCUGUUCAUUGGUCAUAACAGACUAUUGGCCCUGAUCAUUGGUCAUAACAGACUAUUGGCCUUGUUCAUUGGUCAUAACUGACUAUUGGCCCUGUUCAUUGGUCAUAACAGACUAUUGUCCAUGUUCAUUGGUCAUAACUGACUAUUGGCCCUGUUCAUUGGUCAUAACAGACUAUUGGCCCUGUUCAUUGGUCAUAACAGACUAUUGGCCCUGAUCAUUGGUCAUAACAGACUAUUGGCCUUGUUCAUUGGUCAUAACUGACUAUUGGCCCUGUUCAUUGGUCAUAACAGACUAUUGUCCAUGUUCAUUGGUCAUAACUGACUAUUGGCCCUGUUCAUUGGUCAUAACAGACUAUUGGCCCUGUUCAUUGGUCAUAACAGACUAUUGGCCCUGAUCAUUGGUCAUAACAGACUAUUGGCCUUGUUCAUUGGUCAUAACUGACUAUUGGCCCUGUUCAUUGGUCAUAACAGACUAUUGGCCCUGUUCAUUGGUCAUAACAGACUAUUGGCCCUGAUCAUUGGUCAUAACAGACUAUUGGCCUUGUUCAUUGGUCAUAACUGACUAUUGGCCCUGUUUAUUGGUCAUAACAGACUAUUGUCCAUGUUCAUUGGUCAUAACUGACUAUUGGCCCUGUUCAUUGGUCAUAACAGACUAUUGGCCCUGUUCAUUGGUCAUAACAGACUAUUGGCCCUGAUCAUUGGUCAUAACAGACUAUUGGCCUUGUUCAUUGGUCAUAACUGACUAUUGGCCCUGUUCAUUGGUCAUAACAGACUAUUGGCCCUGAUCAUUGGUCAUAACAGACUAUUGGCCCUGAUCAUUGGUCAUAACAGACUAUUGGCCCUGAUCAACUUCUUUGAGAGUAGAAUAAUUGAUUGAUUGAUUGUAAUAAUAUGUUCAACUCUUCAUUAGAACCUCACAUAUUGAGUUAAUUUAUUUGUGUAUAAAAUCAACAAUUCAAUGGACUUUCAAACCU